GGCAGGGCCUGGGAGGCGGGCCCUGAUGGCUGAUUCACGCCAGGCGCCCUCUUCCUCUUUAAGGCGAGCGGCUGGGGCGAGGCCCUGACGGCCCCUUUAAGGCGCGUCCCACGUCCGCCGGUAGAAAAGCGGCUUAAAGGAGACGCGUGGCGCGAUGGCGGCGGCCCCACGCGCGUGCAGGCGGCGCGGGCAGCCGCUCCCAGCGCUGCUGCUGCUGCUGCUGGCGCUGCACCCUCCCGGGGGCCCGCCGGGCGCCGCCGCCUACUUCCCGGAGGAGCGCUGGACCCCGGAGUCACCGCUGCAGGCGCCGCGCGUGCUCAUCGCGCUGCUGGCGCGCAACGCGGCCCACGCGCUGCCCGCCACGCUGGGCGCGCUGGAACGGCUGCAGCACCCGCGGGAGCGCACGGCGCUGUGGGUGGCCACAGACCACAACUUAGACAACACGUCCACGGUGCUGCGGGAAUGGCUGGUGGCCGUGAAGAGUUUGUACCACUCUGUGGAGUGGCGGCCAGCAGAGGAGCCCAGGUCCUACCCGGAUGAGGAAGGCCCUAAACACUGGUCUGAUUCUCGCUAUGAGCACGUCAUGAAGUUGCGCCAGGCAGCCCUGAAAUCGGCUCGGGACAUGUGGGCCGAUUACAUCCUGUUUGUGGACGCAGACAACCUGAUUCUGAACCCUGACACGCUCACCCUGCUUAUCGCGGAGAACAAGACGGUGGUGGCGCCCAUGCUGGAUUCCCGGGCUGCGUAUUCCAACUUCUGGUGUGGGAUGACUUCUCAGGGCUAUUACAAGCGCACUCCUGCCUACAUCCCCAUCCGAAAGAGGGACCGCAAGGGCUGCUUUGCGGUUCCCAUGGUGCACUCGACCUUCCUGAUAGACCUGCGGAAGUCGGCCUCCAGGAACUUGGCCUUCUACCCUCCACACCCUGACUAUACCUGGUCCUUCGAUGACAUCAUCGUUUUUGCCUUCUCCUGCAAGCAGGCAGAGGUCCAGAUGUACGUGUGCAACAAGGAAGUGUAUGGCUUCCUGCCGGUGCCGCUGAGGUCACACAGUACCCUUCAGGAUGAGGCCGAGAGCUUCAUGCACGUGCAGCUGGAGGUCAUGGUGAAGCACCCACCCGCAGCGCCCUCCCGGUUUGUCUCUGUCCCCACCAAGACGCCGGACAAGAUGGACUUUGACGAGGUUUUUAUGAUCAACCUGAAGCGGCGUCAGGACCGGCGGGAACGCAUGCUGCAGGCACUACAGGUGCAGGAGAUCCAGUGCCGACUGGUGGAGGCUGUGGACGGCAAAGCCAUGAACACUAGCCAGGUGGAGGCGCUGGGCAUCCAGAUGCUUCCUGGCUACCGGGACCCCUACCAUGGGCGGCCCCUCACCAAGGGCGAGUUGGGAUGCUUCCUCAGCCACUAUAACAUCUGGAAAGAGGUCGUGGACCGGGGACUGCAGAAAUCGCUUGUGUUCGAGGACGACCUGCGCUUUGAGAUCUUCUUCAAGAGGCGACUGAUGAACCUCAUGCGGGAUGUUGAGAGGGAGGAUCUAGACUGGGACCUCAUCUACGUGGGCCGGAAGCGGAUGCAGGUGGAGCACCCUGAGACGGCUGUGCCCCGUGUGAGGAAUCUGGUGGAGGCUGACUACUCCUACUGGACACUGGCCUACGUGAUCUCUCUGCAAGGCGCCCGCAAGCUGCUGGCUGCCCAGCCACUCUCCAAGAUGCUGCCUGUCGACGAGUUCCUGCCAGUCAUGUUCGACAAGCACCCAGUGUCCGAGUACAAGGCCCACUUUUCCUCCCGCAACCUGCGCGCCUUCUCGGUGGAGCCCCUGCUUGUGUACCCUACACACUACACAGGGGACGAUGGGUACGUGAGUGACACAGAGACCUCAGUCGUGUGGAACAACGAGCACGUCAAGACUGAUUGGGACCGUGCCAAAUCUCAGAAGAUGCGGGAGCAGCAGGCAUUGAGCCGUGAAGCCAAGAACUCGGACGUGCUGCAGUCCCCGCUGGACAGUGCUGCCCGGGACGAGCUCUGAGGGGCAGCAGCCGAAACACCAAAGCCGCCAUCGCUGUCCCAGCCUCCACGUGCGGCUCCAUGGCGAGCCUCAGAGGGCUCUCCACGCAGGGUGGUAUCCAGCCAGCUCUUGCUCAGCAAUCAUGUGCACGCACACAGCAUUCAUGGCAUGCCUACUGUGUGCCAGGAACAGGGCUUGGAACCGGGGGAUUGAGUGGAAACAGGCCAUCAUUCGUUUCUCCGUGUGCUUGCCAUUUUGAAAGCAUUGACUGUGUACCAGGUUCAUGUGUGAUGGCAGUGAACAAGGAAUACUUAUUCCCUCGGUCAGUGAUUAAUUCAGUCAUCAAGCAUUAUUGAUUCCCCCAGCAAGAAUCAGGUACUAGUGAUACCCAUUCGUUUUUUUUAAUUAAUUCAAAUAUUUAUUGAAUGCCUACUACAUGUUGGGCACCACUUCAGGCUCUGGGAAUAUUGAGAUAAACAAGACACUUUCAUUCAUUUAUUCAAACACAUGUCAAGCACCUACUGUGUGCCUGGGACUUGUGACACAAAAGUGCUUAUUGACUCAGUGCACUUAUUGAGUGCCUGCUGUGUGCUGGGAGCUGAGCUGAGUGCUGGGAUGGAGAUAAAUAAGGUGCUUUCCAUUCUUUAACUGGUUUCUUCUCCAUACAUCUGAAGAGUAUUUACUGUGUGCCAGGCAUUAGUGAUACAAAACAGUGUGACAGUUGCUCAGUCAGCGUUUCAUCACCCACGUGUGCGGGGUCACAGAGAUGAACAAAAUGAGUUCCUUCAUUUCUCCAUGCAGUAGAUAUUUACUGAGCACCUACUAUGUGCCAGAAUUUAUGGUUCAGUGAGUCCUUGUUCAUCCCCGUCACCUGAGCAGACAAUACCCUCCCAUAACCCAGGAGGGAGGGUGGAUCUUUUCUCACCAGGGGCAGCUGCCAGGUCCCAGCAACCACAUGGCCGCACGCAGGCCCCCUGGCCCUAGCCCCCCUGGAGGGGGCAGGGACGAAGAUGGGGACUGGGUCUCCCCUGCCCACCUUGGUCCUGUUUGCUUGAUCUCCCUGGCCUGCCUCUCAGGUGUGGUCUCUGCCUGCUCAGUGGGGGUCCUCUGUCCAAGCCUUUGGUGGGCUCGUAUGUUUGAGGCCUUCAUGAGCUCAGCUGCAUGGGUGCUGCCCUCAGCCUGGGCAGGUUAUUCCCCAGCCCAGGCUGGAGGACUCUGUGCCUUCAGCCAGAAAUGAAUGUCAGAGCCGGCCAGCAGUGCUUCACUCUUAGGGAUGGAUAGUAACUGCUCACCCGGUUAUGUCCUGGAUAACUUGCUUAUUUUUUUAUUAAAUGUGCCUCGUUGGGUUUCACAU